UCUCCAACUCUACCACUCCAAACGUCUCCAACUCUACCACUCCCAUCUACAUCACAAAAGACUACAAAAAGUGCAACAACACAAUCAACUGCAACUGUCACGUCUUCAGAAGAGAAGAGUGGUUCUGACAUUGAAAUGCAGAACGUUAUAAUAAUUGCUGUUUGUGUUAGUGCGUUUUUCAUUGUGAUAGCUCUUGUAGUUGGCGUUGUGAUAGGAAGAUGUGUAAACGUGGGCAAACAGAGAAAGCUUUCUGAUAAUCGUCAUCCUGGAAGAGUCACAGAGCAAGCCACUGUGGAUGCUAGCCACACACGUGUAGAUUCUGAAUUCAGCAGUAAUCCCCUCUAUGGACAUGGACGUCUAUCAGAACAGUCAUCAUGUAAUAAGAGCAAAGAGAACAUUCUUUACCAACUCAAUCCCCUUCCACCUACAGAACGUCAAUCUGCAGACAAUCCAUUGUACAACACUCCACAACUAGAUAUGGAACGUCCUUCGUAUGAAGAAAUUUUGUAACAAUCAGUUUUCAGGGUUUCCCCAAAAAUAAAAGUGGCGCGCCCAGUAAUUUAAUUAGCUAAUUUUUAAAGUGGUUUUUGGGUGUGGCAUAUUGAUAGAAAGUUGAUCUAAAUAAGUGGCAAUCUGCAAUACUCAGAGUUGCUCAAUUACUUUAUUACUAAGUUUAGAUUAUCUCUUUCUUGUUUACUUUGUAGCUUGACUCGGUUAUAUUACCGCAAAAGAUUUGUUAAAUAUAUCCUCAUCUGUUAAAUUUCCUUGUGUACAUUGAAUAAAAUUCUAUUUUGAAUUACUCACAUUAAUCAAUAUUAAUUAUUAGUCAUGAGGGAUAGGGAUGUCAGUCUUUGGACAC